UAUUCAGUGUAACUUCUGAUUUGCAGUGCUCCGCUUACCCUUCGGCAACCAUGAGACUCUGCUCCACAUUAAGUUUAAUCAGGUUACUGUGCGCUCUCCAGGGAACAAGUGCAUUUAUUUCAGUUAAUGUCAGCGACACGCUCCUCUCAUCAAACUUCAGUGGGAAAGAAUUAUCCUGGAGAAAAUAUCCUGGACCCGAGAAUGUCCCUAAAACCAGACGGAGGCGAUACAUCUCCCAGAAUGACAUCUCGGCUAUUCUCGAUUACCACAAUAAAGUUCGAAGCCGCGUCGUCCCACCUGCCGCAAACAUGGAGUAUAUGAUAUGGGAUGAAAACCUUGCCAAAUCUGCUGAAUCUUGGGCUGCCACUUGUAUAUGGGAUCAUGGACCAAAAUAUUUACUGAGAUUCCUUGGACAAAAUCUUUCAGUUCGCUCCGGACGCUAUCGAAAUAUUCUACAGCUGGUAAAACCUUGGUACGAUGAAGUGAAGGAUUACAGAUUUUCAUAUCCUCAAGACUGUAACCCCAGGUGUCCCCUGAAAUGUUAUGGACCAGUAUGCACUCACUACACCCAGAUGGUUUGGGCAACUUCCAACCGAAUAGGGUGUGCAAUCAAUACCUGCAACAACAUGUAUGUCUGGGGGUCCACUUGGAGACGGGCUUUUUACCUUGUAUGCAACUAUGCUCCAAAGGGAAACUGGAUUGGAGAAGCACCGUAUAAAGUUGGAAUACCAUGCUCAGCCUGCCCACCCAGUUAUGGAGGAACCUGCAACAACAAUCAGUGCUUUCCACGAGUAACUUCAAACUACUUAUACUGGUUCAAGUGAUUUGUUUACAGAAUACAUUGCCAAUGCCACAAUAGGAACAUUAGUUCCUCAAACUACUAGUCAGCUGAAAAGACUUUGCAAAACAUAUUAUAUACCCAUUAUUAUCACUGAAAAAUUUACCAUUUUACAGACAUAUUUAAUAUUAUCAUUUUACUGCUUUUAACUUUCACCGAGUUAGCUCAUGGAAAUGCAAAACUUUAGUAUAUCAACACAGGGCACUGUAUUUAUGAGGAGAAGCAGCAUAAAACUUCAGAAUAUUGCUAUGUUUUUAUUUGCAGGUGAGAAUAGAAAGCAGUAUCCAGCUGGUUUUGUGCAUAGAUAUGAUGAAACAUUACCGACUUGGAAAAGUAGUUUGUUAUUUAUCCAUAAUGGGUGUAUUUAGGUUUAUGCCUAGAAUACUGUUAAAACUGGAGGGACAGUCAGAUAAGCUAAGGGAUUUGCUUGUAGAAAGCAUUAAUUAAAGCAAUUGCAAAUAAUUUAAUAAGCUCUGCUCUGGAUAACGAGGGCAGUUUAGUUCUUAAAGCUUAUGUGGUGCUAAUCAUUUAUUUAAAAUCCCUGCCAAUCAUGUCAGGCAUAACUUCAAGAUACUUAGUUAAGAUAUUAAAAUAUAGAGAAACAAAUAGGACAGUCAUAAGGGUGCUAUUGAUCAUAAUGAUCACAUUUUGAUCGCACAUAUUUUUCCAUAACAGUUGGAAUUUAUAAACCGUAGCCCCAGGCAGCUCAGACACAAACACAUCUGUUGCAUCAGGUAGCACAUGAGCAGGCUCUUGUGCCAAAAAUAAGUAACAUAUCUGCAAUAUUUACAGGACAUUGCACUCAAUUCAUCCCACACAGUCAAUGACUACAUGUUUAUUCUUCUUCCUCUGAGGACCCCAAUCUAUAUCUUCAUGAGGUCCUCAACAUUUUGUUUCUUAAAUAAUUUUUGGCCCUUUGCUUUGAUGGCAUUUUCCCUCUAAACUAAACAAUAUAUUAUUUUCCUCAUGUCUUUAACAUGGCAAUACAUCCACAGGCACAACAGAAGUCAGUGUCACAUAAUUACAGCACUUAUGCCGAUGCCACAGAUAACUGCUUGGCUCCAAGAGGAGAUGGUCAUCAGUACUUCAAUAUCAAAUUUGGUGGAAUAGGGUGUAUGGUUACAUCAAAGGUCAUGGGACAUUUUCCAGACAUACUGGAAAUAUACAAAAACUAAAGUGCAGGGAACACUCAGAAGUCAUGAAGCAUCUAUGGAGAAAUAUGCAUAGUCAAUAUUUGAAAUUCAUUUGUAGUACUUCCUCUUUUUAUUUCAAAUCUCCAGCUUCUACCAUAUUUUGAGUUUGUAAUAUUACAAUAACAGAUCAAUAUUCUAUUUUUCUGCUUAUUGCUCUUUGCUGCUUGGAUUUACUUUUAAGAAUCCACAUUUAUAAUUAAUAUAAACUAGAGGAGAAAUGAAGAAGUUUUCAGAAAGUGUAACAGUCUUAAAUUGUUCAGUUAUUAGGGCAUUAGUAAUUAUGCACAAUAAAUCACAAAUUGUGACCUUUUUACUAGGUAAACUCUGAUUAGUCAAUCAUUUAGGUAUUUUUAUAAGUUAAACAUGGUUCCAAUUUGUGCCUUAAACAAAGAGGCCUGAAUUUCAUCCUUAGUUGUUCUGUAUCUUUUUCAAUAUCGGUAAUAGUAGCUCUGAAAUUGUGGAAUUUUUAGUUUAAACUACAUUCAGUGCAAUACAAGCUUUAGUAAUUUUUUAUGCAGAUUCAGAACUGGAGACUCAGACUGCUGAAAGUUAUAAAUUAAAUACUCAGUUCCCUUACUAAUCAAAAUAUUUUCAUUGUGAUAUUUUGCCAAUCCAUUAUUUGCUGUAUUCCAAGGUGAUCAAUGUCCAGCCUUUAUCAAGGUCAUCGUAAAACUUUAAAAAAAAACAUCUAUCUUUUUAUUUAUUAAGAAACCGACUACUAUAUUCUAAUUCAACUAGCAAAUGGUCCUGAAAAGCCUUUCUAAGUCAUUGCCAUUUAUUUAAAAUGAAUUUAUUUCCCUUUAGAACAAACAUGAGGAGGAAUUUCUUUAGCCAGAAGAUGGUGAAUCAGUGGAAUUCAUUGUCAUAGACAGCUGUGGGGGCCAAGUCAAUGGGUAUAUUUAAAGCAGAAGUUGAUAGGUUCUUAAUUAGCAAGGGCUUCAAAGAUAACGGAGAAGGCAAAUGAAGGAGGUUGAGAGCAAUAAUAAAUCUGCUAUGAUCAAAUGGCAGAGCAGUCUUGAUAGGCAGUAUAAUUCUGCUCCUAUGUCUUAUGGUCUAAAAUUGUGUUAAACAGGGGUGGUGGACUGGACACUGAUUAAAAUGGUAAUUUUUGUGACCAGCACCUUUUUGGUUAUGUUAGUCAAACCAUACCUUCUCAAAUAUGACAACAAGGAAAACUCUUUUAAAAUCAUCUUUAAUAACAUCUAUGACUUGGAUUUUCCAUUUGGUGUAUUUGAUAAACUGGCUUUCAAGAAACUAGCACAGUAAGUUAAGUAGCUUAUGUUAUCACUGCAAAUUGUUAUCCAUAAUUCUAAACAGCUGCUCAAUUUUAUCGUUUC